UGCACUUCCGCAAAGAUAACCAUUUACUGAGUACGUGGCCUCACGCAGCUAGCUCGAUCGGCUCGGUCUGAUCGAUCGGCCAUGGCGGCCGGCAGCGUCGUCGGCGUCUCCGAGAGCAAUGAUGGAGGAGGCGGCGGAAGGGUCACCAUGUUCGUGGUGCUGUCGUGCAUCACCGCCGGCAUGGGCGGCGCCAUCUUCGGCUACGACAUCGGCAUCGCCGGCGGGGUGUUGUCCAUGGAGCCUUUCCUGCGCAAGUUCUUCCCGGACGUGUACCGCCGGAUGAAAGGCGACUCCCAUGUCAGCAACUACUGCAAGUUCGACAGCCAGCUCCUCACCGCCUUCACCUCCUCGCUCUACGUCGCCGGCCUGCUCACCACGUUCCUCGCGUCCGGCGUCACGGCCCGCCGUGGCCGCCGCCCGUCCAUGCUCCUUGGCGGGGCCGCCUUUCUCGCCGGCGCGGCCGUCGGAGGUGCGUCGCUGAACGUCUACAUGGCCAUCCUGGGGCGCGUGCUCCUCGGGGUCGGGCUGGGCUUCGCGAACCAGGCCGUCCCGCUGUACCUGUCUGAGAUGGCGCCGCCGCGGCACCGCGGCGCGUUCAGCAACGGCUUCCAGUUCAGCGUCGGCGUCGGCGCGCUCGCGGCCAACGUCAUCAACUUCGGCACGGAGAAGAUCAAGGGAGGCUGGGGGUGGCGCGUCUCGCUGUCCCUCGCCGCCGUGCCGGCCGGGCUCCUGCUCGUUGGCGCGGUCUUCCUCCCGGAGACGCCCAACAGCCUCGUCCAGCAGGGCAAGGACCGCCGCGAGGUGGCGGUCUUGCUGCGUAAGAUCCGCGGCACCGACGACGUCGACCGCGAACUCGACGGCAUCGUCGCCGCCGCCGACAGCGGUGCCGUGGCUGGCAGCAGCGGUCUCCGGAUGCUCCUCACCCAGCGCCGGUACCGGCCGCAGCUGGUGAUGGCCGUGGCGAUCCCCUUCUUCCAGCAGGUGACGGGGAUCAACGCGAUCGCCUUCUACGCGCCGGUGCUGCUGCGCACGAUCGGCAUGGGCGAGAGCGCGUCGCUCCUGUCCGCGGUGGUCACGGGCGUGGUCGGCGCGGCCUCCACCCUCCUCUCCAUGUUCCUCGUCGACCGUUUCGGCCGCCGCACGCUCUUCCUAGCCGGCGGCGCGCAGAUGCUCGCGUCGCAGCUGCUGAUCGGGGCCAUCAUGGCGGCGAAGCUGGGCGACGACGGCGGCGUGAGCAAGACAUGGGCGGCGGCGCUGAUCCUCCUGAUCGCGGUGUACGUGGCCGGGUUCGGGUGGUCGUGGGGGCCGCUGGGGUGGCUGGUGCCGAGCGAGAUCUUCCCGCUGGAGGUGCGGUCGGCGGGGCAGGGCGUGACGGUGGCGACGAGCUUCGUAUUCACGGUGUUCGUGGCGCAGACGUUCCUGGCGAUGCUGUGCCGCAUGAGGGCCGGGAUUUUCUUCUUCUUCGCGGCGUGGCUGGCGGCCAUGACGGUGUUCGUGUACCUCCUGCUGCCGGAGACGAGGGGGGUGCCGAUCGAGCAGGUGGACAGGGUGUGGCGUGAGCACUGGUUCUGGAGGAGGGUCGUGGGAUCCGAGGAGGCGCCAGCGAGCGGGAAACUCUGAAACAGAGCCAUGAUAGUGUAGUUUCAGAGCUGUAGCAUACAAAUCAUCUGACAUACAGUUUCAGAGAUGUAAAUCAUCAUGCUCACAACAGACAACACAAAUACCAACCAUCAAAUCAAAUAUGUAGCAUACAGUUUCAGAGAUCGCACAAAAUGGACGAUGAAAGAUUGUAGAUUAAUGUAUGCAGCGCUCUUCAUUAUUGUUCGGCAAUGCAUUAGUUCAGAAAAUGAUUACCCUGAACGCGUAGUCAUUGUAGA